CCAUGAUCCUCGCUAAUUCAGUCUAAUAUUUCCUGCGAACGCAAGAUGUCAAAUCCGACUUCUCAGUUGAUUCCUUAUCGGAAGCCAAGCCGUCGACUCAGAUGGCACCUGUGGAAUGGCUGCAACAUGUUAAAGACUGGGGACAGGACAAUAUCAGCCAGCCCCGGCAGUCGUGACCCUGCUCCCCAACUCAGCUGACUGGCCAUGCGUGCGGGGAGAGGCUUAUAUGCCACGGCUCGAUCCCAAGUGCCGCUUUACAGUCAUGCCGGAUUCGCAGGUUUCUGUGGAAAACGAAUUGCGGCAGAUUGAAUCGAGGGUACGCGUUCCCCUCAUGUUCAACGGUUGUUCCUGGAUCUCCAUGCGGGGUUUCCCCAAAACACUUUUGGGAUCGCCGAGACGGCGAAUAACCCCUUAUCCAGGUAUAUCAAUGCAAUGGCCGCUUGAUCAAAAGAAGCUAUGCCGUCCGACUCAUCGUUCCCGCCCCCUCCCACCCUCUCGGAAAGAUACUCGGGCAUCCCCGAACGGCUCCUUGAAGUUGGAAUUGAGUCAAAGAACCGCCUUCUUGGGAAGCGCACAUUGCCGGCAAGCAGCCCUCGCAACCGUGAGGUGCCCCGCCUCCCUCCUGAUAUUACUCGGGCCGAGUUCAACCAAGCCAUUGGCGAGCUGAAGGAGAUACUCGGCGGCGAGCAUGUCGAGAUCAAUGACAAACCGCUGGUUGACGGGUGGUGAUGCGUUCCACAUUGCCCUCCAAGAAGACAUGGUCUGCAGUGCCAUUGUUUAUCCUGGCUCGGUUGAAGAGGUACAGGCCAUCGUUC